GUCAGUGAGUGCGCACAGACUGGCGCUCCGCUGCUACCAGAUGAACUUCAGCGCUUCCAGAAGGGCAAGAGAGGGGCAGAAGCGGUGCUGGUUUGAACUGCUCAGUCGUGAAUCAACCAGCGGACAAUUGUGACACAUCUGUGAUAUUCUCCUCGAGCUGUUUGCGGUGGAAAUAAUCGCUUCUGUUGUGGAUUUUACACUCCCGAGAUUAUGAACUAAAAGUGUUAUGCGCUGAUCACUUUAUUUACGGACUUUUAACCGGUGGAAAUCUCUGCGAUUCAAAGGCAUCAGUUGGAGCACCAGGAUUUCAUCUGUGGCUCAGAUAUGGAACUUUAACUUCAUACCUCUUAUACACAUCUCUCCUGGAGUGAAUUCGCCUGAUUUUAGCUUUGCGCUCUUCCAGAAAUGGUGGGGCACUUACAUUUACAAGCUAUGGAUGACAGUUUGAAAGGAAAGAACCGGGAUGGACUGCUCGAUAGUCCGGAUUCAGGACUCCCUCCGAGUCCCAGCCCGCCCUUCUACUCUCUGUCACCGGGGAUCCUUGAGUCCCGUUCCGGCAGUUGUUCAACACCAACUGAGCUGCAGGCAUAUAGCAGAAAGGAGAGCCGGGAGGGCAAACUGCUGCCAUACUUGCUCCUGAACUCUCAAGGUCCAGAUGCUAAGUCGCGCAUGUACCCCGUGGUCUACGGAGAGAGCAUUGAGGUCAACCCCAAACCUGAAAAAGAGAUCAAGUUCAACUCUGCAGUGAAGUAUGCUUCAGACAAACACUUCCGUGACCAGGUGUACUGCGCCCAGGUCCCGACCGUCACGUCCUUCAGCGAGACAGUGGUGGCGGUGCAAAACAACACAUGGCGCAGCUACAAGUCAGAAGUUCACUUCGAGCCACGGCUCAGGCCUCUACACUUCCAAAGCACAACCAUAGUGUUUCCCAAGCAUGCCCGUAAUACAUACCGCACUACACUUAACUACAAUUGUAACAGAAAUGCAGCCGGGCGACGAUGGUUUGUGUCCACAGUCAGACUAGAGUCCACCGAGGAUGCCAGUCCAUGUAUCAUUUACACAGAAGACCUCUGAGAGAGGUUUGUUAUCGUUCCCACAAUUGAAAAACUCCCUUUUUAGAGCUACAGUGAAAGUGCUUGGACUCGAGCAACAGGGCUCUGUUACAACUACAACUCUGAUUAAAAAUGGAUGGCUGGAGACUUCAAAGAAAAUAAAAAAGGAAAACUAAGUCAGUGAGGGCCAUUUUGUUCUUUUGCUUCCGGUGAAGUUGGUAUUUAACAGUGGGAAUCUAGUGAAGUUGUGUCUGUGCAGUCUUCUUUACGUGUCGCAGUAUACUUUUGUUAUGUGUUAGUCAUGUAUUUUUGUACAUCAGAGAUUUUUUGAUUGUAAUAUCCAGUCAGGAGAGGAGUGAAGCAUUUGGACAGAAACAGUUUCUGUUGUUAGCUUAUUUGUAGGCCCGCACGGAAUCUGUGCUCACAGAAUUCAGCGGAUUUCCGCAGAAUUCUUACACACAUUGAUUAAAAAAUUCUACACAUCCCCCACCCCUUGCGUGUUUAAAAUCAAAUCAGAAUCUCUAUUAUUUGCCAGCAAAUUUAGGUAACCAAGGUCAAUUCUGGUACCUCACACGGUACCUUUUUAAAGCUAAAAUGUAAACGUUUUUGCCUAAUUUGAUACGGUUAUCAUCUACAAUUUAAACUGCAGUACUCAGCUUUAAGCAAUUUAACCAUUUAAAUCUGAAUUCUUCAGAUUUCCCCCAGUGCAAAAAUAUGAAAAGGUUCCAUGCGGGCCUAAUUAUUUGUCUUACUCAGUAUUGCUGAUUCUUGCAAAUGCUCAAACAGGAAAUGGUACACCACAAGCCUGACUAUAAUUAAGACUAAAUGCUGCCAAAUUGUAUUGCCAUAUUUUAUUAUAAAGUCUGUGGAUGAGAGAUCCAGCACAUAGUAAAUUGGGAUUCAACCCUAAAUUUUCAGAGAACUUGCUGAGAUAAUAUAAACUGUAUCUUAGUUGCACUUAUGCUAAGGAAAGCUUUUUUGUUGUUGUUGUUGUUGUUGUUGUUUUACCACAGUUAUAAAUGUCUUGAUAUGAAAAAAGGCAAAUAAACGAGUAAGAGCACUUGAAAGAUUGGACCAAAUAUUCUGUACAAUUUAUAGGAAGGGAAAUACAAUCUUAAAGAUUUCCUCCCUUUCUGUUUGUACCUCAGACAAUGUGGAAUAAUUCUUGCACAAGUUAAAAAAAAAAAAAAAAGCCGCCCAAGGUUUUGACAUGAUAAUAAUUCAAUGGCCAAAAUAUGACCUGAACAAAGAUGGUUAAGGAAUCAAAGAAAAUGCAAGAACUUGUAUUUGUAAUGAUUACCAAUAGAUUGAUUGAGCAUGUAUUACAGUAGAUGGGAGAAUUGAGCACAUUUUGGGGGGAUUUGUGCUGGUUUUGUGAGAAAGAUUUUGUCAAGCUGCCAUUAUGAAUAAGAAUAGUUAAUCUGGAGGGAACAAAGUUAAUUUAACUCAUGACAUGUGCAGUCACCUGACAUACUUUCUGAUUGUAUGGUUGGAAAACCUCUGGUUUUGAGAAGUAAUGAGUAUUUUCUCUUGUUUUUGGAGCCAAAAGGUCUCAUCUAAAAUCUUGAUUAAGUGAACUGUUAACACCAGCUAAUGCAUUUCCUGUUGCACACAAACUCUUUUGUCUUGCGGAGAGGGAACACAUCCUGUUCUGAGAUGACUUGCUUUAACAUCUGCUCUUCUUUUUGGAAGGUAAUGAGAUAUAAUGCACCGAUACUUUGAGAGGGAGAUUUUGACUAAAGCAGUCAAGCAUUGGGGACGUGUCAGUACUUGAUGGACUAUCAGUUUUGAAUUCUGUAAAAGCUGGAAGUGCAAUCGUAAAUUCAGAUUUCUUUCCUCAUUAAAAAUCUUUCAAAUUUUGGCUUUUAAAAUAUUUCUUUUUUUAUUUUCUUUUUUUACGAUGGGGAUCCUCUGGUGCCUGAAAAUAGCAGUGCAUUUUAUAUUUCAGUGGAAAAGAAAAAUGUAUGUUGAAGUCUGUAAUAGUGUAUGGAUAUACUGUAAGUGUUGAGAGAUAAUACAUGGAAGUAAAAGAACAAAAGAACAAGGUUCUGUCAAAACAGUUUAAUACAGUAAACUAAUGCAUCAUGCACAUAUAUUCCAUGACAUUACUGGAAAAUAUGCAUACCAUAGACAUUUGGAUGGUUUAGUUAACCAAUGCCUGCAAAAAGCAUUAGCAUUUAAAGAGAAACUCACAAGGGAUUGAAAAGAUGUGAAAUUACAGGGGAGGCAUGUCUGAUAAAUCACUUAUGUGUUGAAAUGGUUUACCCGCGAAAUUAUGGACAUUUGAUAAGUUAAUAGAGGAAUUUUAGCAACAUGUUGAAAGCCAUGUUAUGUUAUUAGACUGGAGCUGAGAGGAGAGCUUUUAUUUUUUUUUUCAUCUCUAUGAAAUUUUAUGAUUAAAUCUGUUUGAUGUAAAAAUACUCUCUGCUAACUGAUCGAUUUUUGUUUUGUUUCCUAACACGAUAAUUUGUGUGUAUGUAAAAUACUUUACUGUUGUAUAUGUGGCAAACAGCACUUGUAAUUCUCUUUAUAUUUUUGUAUAAGUCCCAAGUUAAUUGUCUUUUGGACAACAGAUGAGAAAAUAAUUUAAGAAAAAAAAAAUAAAAUGUAUAUCCAAACUGAAUAAAUAAAAGCCCCAAACCUCAAAA